AUGCCAAAGAAAAACAAGAAAAGAAGAAAAAUUCCCAAGAAACCUGCCCAGAAACUGGACUCGAGUGUUGAGGAGGAGGUUGAGGCGCUGAAAGCUAUUUACAUCGACGAUUUUGACUUGCAUGAGGACGGCCGGGGCUUCAACCUCCGGGUGGUACCCCAUCCAGGAGAUGCUGAAGAGAACUACGUCUCUGCAGUGCUGAAAGUGAGGUAUGGUGGGCAGUACCCAAGAGUUCCCCCCGAGCUGGACAUUGUACAGCCUGAGGGGUUAUCUGCUGAUGACGUCCAAAAGCUGUCAGAGCUGCUGUCUGAACGAGCAGCCGAGCAGACAAAUGACUCACAGGUCUACACUUUUACUUUGGUGGAGGCCUGCCAGGAGUUCUUAAGAGGACACAAUGAAGAUCAGGGUGAAGAGAGGGGCAAGCAGCUGGGCACAAGCCUGUGGGAUGACAUGCAACGGCGAGCAGCUGGAGAUGAACUGCUUGAUGGCGAUUUUGGAGGUUCUGGCAUGCUGGUGGAAGACAUUUGGGGUGACUGUGACGACUCGCUAUUUGCCGACGAAGGAGUUGAUCCAUUUCCUCUGCCGGUCAAUGCUGGGAAGGGAAAGCAUGAAGUGCUGAAAGGUCGUAAGAGCACUGGGGACAUGCCAUCAUCUGCUGGGCCGAGUUCAAGUGAGCCAUCGCCUGAAGUGUCUGUUGUACCCAACAGUGAGGCAGAGCAGGAUCACGCAAAGAAUGAGCAAAAUACCAAAGCCCGUUGGAUGCAAGAGGAUGUUGUUGGGGAAACCAAGGAAGCACCCGACAGGGCUUGUGCGGCUGAACGUGAUGGCAGCUCUGAGGCAUCGUCAUCAGCAUGCACGAGCCCACAGUCUUUCUCCCGUAGCAUGUUGAGCAUUGUCCAAGGCGUGAUGGAUCGAGUCCUGCCUUUACCUGGGGCCCUGUUGAGAUUGAUGGGAGUGUCAAAUAUGGCAUCUGUGCACAAACAGAUGGGACAAUACACAGGACAGGAGGAAGACUAUGAAGAUGGGGCCCAUGAACGGAUACGCCACGAACUCAUGAUGGGCCACCUUCUGAGAUUGUCAGUGCCAGGGUUGAGCAAAGGUGUCCCUUUCCAUCCUCUGCCGUCGGUGGCUGGUCAUCUACAAGCAAAGGGGCUUAUACCAAAGUGGCUCUCCUGGAUUCUUGCACAAAAGCCUUCUAUUUUUGAGCGUGCGUUCAUGCAACUUUUCCGCAAGGAAAUCGAUGAAGCCACCACGGGUAGGAAUUUGGCUGAUGCAUCAUCAUGGGAGGUUCUGCGCCGCUUUUGGCAGUGUCAACCAGAUGGUGGAAGGCUUGCUACUGUUACCUCCAGGUAUCGAACGGACUUCGAAGAGGUCAAACGAGUUGGCCAGGGCGGAUUUGGUGUCGUUGUGUCAGCAAUUCAUGGUCUGGAUGGAAGGACGUAUGCAGUGAAGAAAGUGAAGCUGAUAUCAAAGACCGAGCAGAGCUACACUCGAAUCGUGAGGGAGGUAGCCACACUGUCCAGGCUGCAGCAUCCUCAUGUUGUACGGUAUUUUCAGGCAUGGUUUGAGCCAUACACCCCUGGCGACGCCCCUGAUUUAGACACAGAUAGCAGCCGUGACACCAGUGAUUGGCUCCAGAGUCAGAAAGUGUCACCACGGGCAGGAAAGGCACUGCCGCUGAGUCAACAGCCAGAGAGUGCUGCUCUGAUGCCAGUGCGAGAGGGCAGCGAAGAGGGCCGCCACUCGUCAUUUGAAUCAGCUUCAUCUUCUUCUUUUCAGAUUGAUACCCCAAGCACAGAUCGCUGCACCAAAGAAGGCAACAGUGCAUUUACAUUUGGUCCACGGGUGCCGAGCAGAACACAAUGGACAGCUUCUCAGGGGAAGGGAGACACCAGCCAGACAAAAUCGAAGAAGGGAAGAAGGGACAGCGAGUCAUACCAGAUGUUGUACAUUCAAAUGGAGUACUGCAGCAGGACACUUCAACAGGUUCUAGAUUCGAAUGAAUUGAUGGAUGAGGAAACAAGAUGGGAGGUCCUCCGUGAGAUCCUCUUUGGUUUGGCAUACAUUCAUGGCCAGAAAAUUAUCCAUCGAGAUUUGAAACCGGCCAACAUUUUCUAUGGACCUGGUGGGGACAUAAAGCUGGGAGAUUUCGGCUUGGCCAAGUUCAUUUCUGGCCAGGGCGAACGUGCGCCAGAUGGGCUGGACUUUGACAAGAAUGUGCCUUCCUCACCGUACGGUCAAGCACCGUCGUCAGUCCCAUCAGAAAUGACCGGAGUGUGCGGGACUUCGUUCUAUAUUAGCCCAGAGAUCCAGGAGAACUGGGCACACUACGACAACAAGGUGGAUAUGUUCAGUCUGGGUGUUGUGGUCUUCGAACUAUGGCACCGUUUCUCCACAGGAAUGGAGCGUGUGACAUUGCUGAGAGAUCUGAGGGAGAAGGGCAAAAUGCCGCAGGACUGGGAGCAGGCGAACCCCCAGGUUGCACGGCUCAUUAGGUGGCUGAUGUCACCACUACCUGGUGAUCGCCCUUCUGCACUGGAAGUACUCCGAAGCGAGUUCUUGCCCCCAAGAGUUGGAGAUGAACAGAUCAAGGACCUGCUUCGAUCCAUGGAAGCUGAUGUAGCAACGUAUGACAGGGUCAUUGAUGGUGUGUUUCGUUCAGCACAAGGAUUGCCAAGGUCCACCACCAUUGAAGCACCAUCCUGGGCCCUUGCUGGUGGGCCUUUGGCACUUGAAGGCACAGACACUGAUGCCCGCCACACCGUGGAGGGCAUCGUGAAUGAGGUGUUCUCCUCCCAUGGAGCGAUCCAGAUGUCCAGCAGCGAGGUUGGUUUGUGUCAUGAUCAGCUGCCGCCUGAAGCUGUGCGCUUUUUGUCCCCAUCAGGAACAAUUUUUUCCCUCAGGUACGACAUGCGGGUCCCUUUUGCAUACUGGCUGGUGCAGAGAACGAAAGGGCAGGACGCAACGCUCGGUGGGGCUGCAAGUGUAGGAACAGCACAGAUUGAAGGGCUCAGAAGGUUUGAAAUCAGCAGCACUUACCGCUAUGGCAGCGGAAUAUCGCUGGCAAGGAGCUACCUGCAAGCGGACCUGGACUUCGUGACUGCCCCUUCUUGCAGCGUGACUGAGAAGUUGCUGUCUGACAAGGUCUUUCAAGGGAAAGUUUUGUCAGAGAAGCUCUUGGCAGAGGCAGAAGUUCUGAAGGCAGUCACGGAGGUUGUAGAUGCCCUGAAAACAAGUGAUGUGGGGCGCAAUUUUGAGGUCCGCCUCGGCCACACAAUGCUUAUUCAAGCAGCUUUGAAACGCAUUGCCCUUCCAAAGGAACUCCAAGCACCGGUGCUUCAGAUGGUAUCUGGGGCGUCGCGAGUGUCCCCAUUGCAUGCCAAUCGCCGUCAAAAGUGGGACCCCAUGCAAAAGGGAUUGGAGGGCCUUGGAUUGGUCCCCAGCACUGUCCGACAUUGCAGCCGCUUUGUCCUCAAGCUUGCAGGAGAUCCUGACAUUGUCCUCCCCCAGCUGCGUACGGAACUGAAGGGAAGGCAGGGAGCCCUGAGCCCGGGUGUCACUAUCUGUCUUGAGGAGCUCCAGAUUUUGGUGUCAUUGCUGCACACAUGGAGUAUUCCGUCAAACCAGGUGGUUGUGGACCCAUUGGUGAAGCCUGAUAGAGAUCACUACAGGGGGAUCUAUUUCCAAAUUCACUUAGUGGAGCCGUCGUCUGGCGCCAGCGCUAUAGUUGCGGCGGGUGGGAGGUAUGACAAGCUGUUGGACGCCCUGUGGUCUUCCGGAAGAGCGCCGAGCGGUUCCUCCCCUUUCGGAGGUGUUGGAGCCACGCUCAACUUGGACCAUUUUGUGCGCUUCAGAAAGUGCCACGACUCUGGGGCUUCAGUUUCGUCUGCAGAUGUCCUAGUGAGCUCUCGAGGCGGCGGGGCGUCCUCCUUGAAGGUCAGAAUGGAACUGGUGGCUCAGCUGUGGGCCGCUGGAUUGAAGGCAGAAAUGAUUCACAAAGUUUCGCCAAGCAUGACGGAGCACUAUGAAUACGCAAUGUCGAGGGGAAUGCGCUGGUUAGUGACCAUCAACGAGCAGCGGCUGUCUUCAAGCGAAACCGUGAGGGUGAAGAAUCUGACGGAUCGAAAGUCCGAAGAGGAGGUGCCCUUCGACGAAGUUGCCCCGUACAUACAGUCUGUCAACCAAAAAUCUGGGCACUUCUCUUCCCGACCUCAGCGCCGUGACAGCAUUGUUCGGGCUUGA